AUGGCCAGGCCCCCUCGGCGUCGUCCUCUGCGAAACAAAGCUAAAGCUAAACACUUUGCCCCUCGCUAUGUGAAGCUCUCCUCAUUGAGCUCAUGUUCUCAACGCACAGACAAAAUCAACCAGUCAAUUGGUUCCCAUUCUCAGAGAGCCAAUGCCACCAUCGCUGCCGGACAAGGCCACCAUGUUCCACACGACGCCUACGUAAUUCCCCUCCCUCGACUCUCUCAUCCACAAGAUGCAACUACGCCUCAGCCGGAAGCCCCAUCUAAGAGACCACAUCCCAUCAGCUCACACAGCGAUGAUCACCAUGAGUCUAGGCCCCCACAGAAGCGUCAUUGUGGUCGUGGCGAUGACACUCUUGGGCUCUUCAAGUCGGCCUCACCCAAGGUCCUGUCCAUCCCUUUACCCUCUGGCGGGUCUCCCCUUCGCAUUCCCAUCGGUCCUGAACUCCCAGGAGAUGCUAUAGACAGCGCUCAGGAACGUUUAUGCCACUCAUCCCUACCCAUUAUGUCCCGGUCUCUUGCUAAAAACCUCCUUGAGAAACACGAGCCUGACAUGCCCGUUGGGUCUAGGGGCCACACCAAGUCUCUCUUUAAGAGUUCUGGUAAUGAAAUUGCACCGCGCGAGAGAUUGGAUGGGCAAAAAUGGCAAGAAUGCGAAACAAUUCCACGCAGGAUCAUAAAUAUGAAACACGGUCUCUUUGAUGGGGUUCUCAGACACCAACCCCUCUCGGAACCAAGCAAGACAUCUUCCAACAAAGAAAAUUUGGUUCAGAAUCCCAAAACAGCCACAGCUCGGAUCUUGAGCCUUUGGUUCUUCCUUUUCGCCUGUCUUCUCGGUGCCUUCAUUGGCGGCAUGGUCCUCCACAGUCAUCUAGCCCCAGAGUUUCCCGCAGUUAUGUGGGAGCUAAAUGAUCACGAACCUUUGCAUUGCUCUGGCGACAAGAUCAAGAUCUGUUCCUGGGCAGAGGGACCUAGGCAAUGGAUUAAGAAGCUGGGACUGGACAUCAAGUCCAGGAGGCCUGGAUCAUUUGAUUGA